UGUCUACUUAUCUUGUAUUUUUCUUCUUUGGGUAUUUUGGAAAUUGAUCGAAUCUUAUCACUGAUAAAUAAAAUUAUUAACUUUAUGAUUCGCAGAGUAUAAAUCAAAGAUGCCUCACAGAACACGUCCAUUGACAGCUCUAUUACUGUUCACUGGCCUCAACGCUGUGCUGGUCUCAACCAUUACCCCUGUCUAUGAUUUUGUCUGCUUCCUUCCUUACUGGGAGAGACGGCGAGAACGGCGUCGUUUAGAACGGGAAGCUUCGCCAAAUAAAUUUCAAUCAUCCUGA